CCCAUGCCAAUCAAAAUGACCGAAACGCCUUCCAACCAAAAUACCCGCCCUCUCUCCCAUUAUUCGUCAUCUUCUAUCCCAAAAACCCUCUGCUCUUCCAAACCCAUCUCUGCAGCUCCAAAAGAAAAAACUCUAACCCUAAUUAUUCUCUGGCAAAACCCUCACCCUAACUUCUCUCUCUGCUCCAGCAAUGGCUUCGUCUGCUCCAAAAACCCUUAUCCAAUCUGCCGUUCAAACCCUAAAAAGGUUUGUGAAGAAGCCAUGGGAGAUCACGGGGCCUUGCGCCGAUCCAGAGUACAAGAACGCUAUUCCUAGUCCCCUAGAAUACAGGCGCUUUUGCCCUGCAACUCCUCCUAUUAAGCCCUGUAUUCCCACCUCCGAACCUGAGACUGUGUUUGAUAUCAAGUAUUAUACCAGAGAUCAAAGAAGGAAUAGAUUGCCAGUUAAGAGGACGGUGUUGAAGAAGGCGGAUGUGGAGGCCAUGAUGAGGGAGAAAAAGUUUGAUUUGAGCGAUUUUCCUCCUGUUUAUGUAACUGAGAAGGUUCAGGAAGAUGGGAACUUGAGGGGUGGUGGUUACCAGAAAUAGGGAUGCGACCUCCUCAACCAAGCAAUCAACCUCAAAAAAGAAAGAAAAGAAUCGUACAGUCCUGGAUGUGCUUGACAAAAAUAAUGUACUAAGAUUGAACAUAGACCAGUCCAACUUUUGGAUGGUGAUAUCUAAAUUUUUGGGGACUCCAAAUCCCUUUUUUUCUUUUUCUUUUAAAUACUCAUCUGGUGUUCUAAAGUGGAUCCCAAACUUAUACUUUGACAAAAUGCUAUGGAGUAGGUCUUUACGUGAGGAAGUGUACACUGUCCUCCUACAGGAGCAUGCUACAUGCACUAGUGAUUGACUGUAAUAAUAUGGAUUUCUAUGGAUU